CAACAGGGAGCUGAGUCGGCAGAGCUGCAUCAUGCCGUCGAGAGAUGACCGUCUUAGCGCGCGAGGGUCGCGACCUGCCUCGAGGUGCAUUAUGACCUCGUUGCACACGCGCGGUCUUGCCUUUUCUCUCCCGCUCGCUCUUCUCCCGAUCUUUGAAUCCUAUCUUCUGACUUGUGUUUCCGCCCAUCCUUCCACCAGUCUUGUCAACAAUGGCCCCUACACAGAACGGAGAGAAGGCCAACGGGGCCGAGAAGGUUACACCCAUUAGCCAUGCGAGCCCGUUAACCCCCAUCGACGUCGGCGAGAGGCUUGCCGGCAAGUCAAAGCCGAAGCCCAACGCGCCCAAGCUUAAGCCCACAAAGGCCGACAGCAAGGGUGUUGCCAAUGCCUUCGAACGCCAUAGCCAGGUGCUUCAGGCACGGGUCAAGCCAUUGCCUACCCAGGCCGGUGCGGGCACGUUUUACGAGACCGCAAGAUGGGGGAGACUCCGGGAUGACAUCAAGGCCCUGCGGUCUGCCGAUUUCAAAACCCUGAGGAAGAUGCUCAUGGCCAAGGUGAAGGGCGAGAAGCUGACAGACGACAAGACCAUGAUCAUGGAGCGCGUCAUCCAGAUGGUCUCAAAUCUACCCAGCAACUCGAAGCUGCGCACUGAACUGACCAACUCCUUCCUGGGUGAGCUCUGGUACUCGCUGGAGCACCCGCCAUCACUGUACCUUGGCGACAAGUACAAGUACCGCCAGGCUGAUGGGUCGUACAACAACAUUAUGUUCCCGCAACUCGGCGCUGCUGGGACGGCAUAUGCCCGGUCAAUUAACACGAACGUCCUGCGUAAGGGCGCCCUGCCCGAUCCCAACCUCGUCUACGACUCAGUCAUGAAGCGUAGCGAGUACAAGAAGCACCCGAACAACGUUUCGAGCGUUCUUUGGUACUGGGCUAGUAUCAUUAUCCACGAUCUCUUCUGGACGGACCACCGGGAUAUGAACAAGUCCAAGACUUCUUCGUACCUCGACCUGUCGCCACUUUAUGGCAGCAACCAGGAGAUGCAGGAUACCAUCCGGACGUUCAAGGACGGAAAGCUGAAGGCUGACUCCUUCGCUGACAAGCGCCUGCUGGGCAUGCCGCCUGGCGUUGGUGUGCUUCUGAUCAUGUUCAACCGUGUGCACAACUACACCUGCGACAACCUCAUCGCCAUCAACGAGGAUGGCAAGUUCACGCCGCCGUCGCCGAAGCUGGAGGGUGAGAAGGCUCUGGCUGCGUGGAAGAAGUACGACAACGACCUCUUCCAGACCGCUCGCCUGAUCACCUCUGGCCUGUACAUCAACAUCACCCUGUUGGAUUACGUGCGGAAUAUCGUCAACCUUAACCGCGUUGACACUACCUGGACGCUUGACCCCCGGCAAGACACUGGCAUCGAUGCGGGCACCGCCGAGGGCGCCGAGCGCGGGACAGGCAAUGUUGUAUCAGCUGAAUUCAAUCUCUGCUACCGGUGGCACAGCUGCAUCUCCGAGAAGGAUGACAAGUGGAUCGAGGAUUUCUACUAUGAUCUCUUCGGAAAGCCGGGCGACGAGGUGUCCGUUCCGGACCUCAUCAUGGGCUUCGGCAAGUUCGAGGCCAGGAUCCCUAACGACCCGGCUGAACGGCCGUUCAACAACUACAAGCGGGGCCCCAACGGAAAGUUCAGCGAUGACGACCUAGUCGAGUGCAUCACUUCCUCGGUGGAGGACUGUGCUGGAUCUUUUGGCGCGCGGAAUGUGCCUACUUCGAUGCGUGCCAUCGAGAUCCUGGGUAUCAUUCAGGGCCGGAAGUGGAACGUCUCGGGUCUGAACGAGUUCAGGAGGCACUUCGGUCUCAAGCCAUACGAGUCGUUCGAGGACAUCAACUCGGACCCUGGCGUCUCUGAUGCGCUCCGUCGCUUGUACGACCACCCUGACUUUGUCGAACUCUAUCCUGGCCUGGUCGCCGAGGAGCACAAGGCCCCGAUGGUGCCGGGCGUGGGAAUCGCGCCCACAUACACCAUCUCCCGCGUUGUUCUGUCCGAUGCCGUGUGCCUCGUGCGCGGUGAUCGCCACUACACCGUUGACUACAGCUCCCGCAACCUGACCAACUGGGGCUACAACGACGUGCAAUACGACCUGAACGUCAACCACGGCUGCGUUUUCUACAAGCUGUUUAUCCGGGCGUUCCCGAACCACUUCAAGCACAACUCGGUCUAUGCGCAUUACCCCAUGGUGGUGCCCUCGGAGAACGAGAAGAUCCUGAAGGACCUGAAGCGUGAUCAUCUCUUCGACUUCACGCGGCCUACUCGUAUCGCCCCCGACGUCGAGUGUGCCUCGUUCGAAGGAGCCCAGCGGGUGUUUGCCAACCCAGAGAAGUACACGCCCUCAUGGCAUGCCAAUCUCGAUGCUCUUGCUCCCAAGGGGAAGUCCAAGCUUUCCGGCGACUCGACGAUCCACGACCGUCACCGCCGUGAGGUCAACCAGCCGCUGGCCACAGCCGAUCUUGUGGCUAAGGUCAAGUCCUUUUACAGCACGGUUACAGAGCAGCUACUUGGGUACGAGAGCUACAACCUCGGUGGGCACAGAAUGGUCGACGUCGUGCGCGAUGUGGCCAACCUGGCGCCGACCCGCUUUGUCUCCGCCCUGUUUAGCCUUCCCCUGAAGUCCAAGAGCAACUUGAAGGGUAUCUACACCGAUCACGAGCUGUAUGCUGUGCUCGCCACCAUUGCGGAGGCUGUUUUCACCACCCCUGACCCUGUCAAGAAGUUCCCCUUGGUCGAGGCAGCCAAGACGGUCGCAGAGCAGCUCGCCUCCUCGAUCGAGCGCAAGGUCAAGAGCCCCAAGCCGGCCAAGAAUGACGCACUGAGCGCGUACGGCAUGGACCUAAUCAAGGGGCUGUCGAAGGCCGGGUUAAACACCCACGACAUCACCUGGGGUCACGUCCUCGCCACCUGCGCCGCCAUCGUGCCGUACCAGGCUAAGCUCUUUGCCGAGGCGGCCGAUUUCUACCUCUCCCCCAAGGGUGAGGCCCACCUGGAGGCCAUCCACUCCCUCGCCACCCAGCCGCCGUCGCAGCAGUCCGACGCCCUGCUGCUCGGGUACGCGCUGGAAGGCGUCCGCCUCUCGGGCUCGACGAAGCUCCACUUCGAGGCCACGGCCGCCGACUCCCUCCCCGCGGCGGACGGCAGCGAGGUCAAGAUCCAAGCCGGCGACCGCAUCACCGUCACCUCUGCCGCCGGCUCCGACACGGUCGACCCCUCGCGCCCGCGCGAGAGCUACGUGCACGUCGCGGCGCUGCCCAACACGUCCUUCCUGGGCGGCGCCGCGGGCGGGCGCGAGGUGAGCGAGGCCGCGCUGACCGAGAUGUUCCGCGCCUUGUUCAAGCGUGCCGGCCUGCGCCGCGCCGUCGGGCCCCAGGGCGAGCUCAAGCGCGUCGUGGGCGUGAGUGGUGUUGCGGGUGCUGUUGAGUACCUGCGUGAUGAUUGGGGUGCCAAGGGCCAGUGGCCUGUUACCAUGAAGGUGCGCUGGGAUGAGUGAAUCCCUGUGGUGGGGAGGCGGUGUGUGGCGUGGUGGGUGUAGCGUUGUUGGUUGUUGGUUGGUUGGUUGGGGUGGGGGCGGGUGUGCCUGGAUUGAGAUGAUGCGAGGAGGUUGAUACCAGUGUGAUUUUUCUUGUUUUUUUCUUUUCUGUUGCUGUGUGCUCGUGUUGGAUAGUCUAAUAUCUCUCGAAUUCACUAUCCUUACUCCCGACCUUACAAAGUGUCUUUCCGUCACGCAAUUGUUCUACACGCAAUUCGGUUGUUUGGCGUCCGCGCAUCAACCGCCCCCAUGAAACAAGCAUGGC